UCCGGAAGAGGCGUACAAGGGGCCCUUCUGGAAAGAGCCCCGAGGCGAAGAUGGCGGCCCCCAGUGCGCGGCCCGCGGGCGCGUCUCGUUCGGAUAAAAAGUCUUCCUCCGCGGGAGAGAAAAUCGUGGCCGGCUUCAACAAACUGCGCGGCGAGCAGCGCGCCCUGGCCGCCAAGAGCGCGCAGCUCGACAUGGAGCUCACCGAGCACAACCUGGUGAUCGACGCCCUGCGCGACGUGGACCCCGAGCGGCGCUGCUACCGCAUGGUGGGGGGGGUGCUCGUGGAGCGCACCGUCAAGGAGGUGCUGCCCGCCCUGCAGAGCAACAAGGAGCAGAUCUCGCGGCUGCUGGAGGCGCUGGCCCAGCAGGUGUCGGCCAAGGGGCGCGAGAUCAACGAGUAUCGCGAGAAGCACAACAUCCGCGUGCGUGGCGAGGCCGACCCUGUACCCCUCGCCGCCGUCGCCGCCGUCGCCGCCACCGGCACCGGCGACGGCGGCGACGGCGACGGCGACGGCCAGAUCCCCGCCAAGCCCGGCGCCGCCGGCGUGCUGGUGUCCGAGACCGGGUAGGAGAAAGCCGCGGCGGCAACGGGCGCCACCGAUGGGAGAGCGGGGGUGGGUGGGUGGUGGCGGCGGCGUGGGGCUGCGGCGAUGGGCAAAUGUGUUGGAGCGUGGACGUGUGGACAGGCGUGGCACGUUUGUCUGUGUGUGUCUGUGUGUGUCUGUGUGUGUCUGUGUGUGUCUGUGUGUGUCUGUGUGUGUCUGUGUGUGUCUGUGUGUGCGUGUGUGGAACUUCUCUCGCGCCGUUACACGGCCAACGGCGCCAAUCGGAGGUGCGGGGGGAAGGACGGCGAAUGGAACGCAUCAACAAGCCGGUCCUCAACACGGAUCCACCAGCGCGCGCCGGACGAGUGCACAGCGUGGCACGGAAGCUGCCCGUCGCUGCACACGUCCAGCGCCACACAGCACCACCCUCGUACACCGCGCCGCCGCUCUAAACACCCAACAGUCACGCAGCGUUACGCAAUUCCACACGCUCUGCCACGCAGGCACCCCCGCACCAUUCAACGUAGCGCUGCACCGCGCUGCGGAACCGUUCACGUCGCGGCAAAACACUCGCUUGCGCUGUGUACGGCACAAGCGUGCAGACGUCCAGCGCGUGGGCGCCGGACCGCGCGCAGCACGGCACGCUUGACCCCACGGAGCGGCAACGCCGCUGCGCUGCUGGUGCGCCCGCCGCCACGGCACGGCGCGUGAGAACACGCGCAACCCCGCUGUGGAUGGGCCCGGUCCCCCCCGCCAUGCGAGCGUGUCAUUUCUUACCGAUGGUCACGCAACCCUUGCGACGAACGAGUUGAGCGCCCCUGUGCGUGUGUGUGUGUGAAUGUUUGCGUUUUUUUUUUAAUGUAAGUUAAUGUCGGCGUGUGAUUUCCCCCCCACCCCCCCCCCCACCCCCUCCCAAAUGCAUGGGUUUUCUCCGGGCACUCCAGUUUACUCCCCUCCGAAUGUCCGAAUGCAGUGAGACUCGUACCACCAAAGAGCCUCGAGGCUUGCGCGAGGGUUUGCCUGGGUGUUAUGAGAGAAUUAUAUUCGCUUGGGGCACGAUGGUCGUCGAUUCCCCGCUCACGGCCAACACCACCCAGUAACGUAUAUCCGAGCCGGUCCUAGGCCUCCCCGAGGUCGACUCGGCCUCGAAUGAGUAACCUGGUGCGGUGUCGUAAACACUGGGGGAGACAAAGGCGGCCGGGCGUGGUGCUGGCCACCCACCGCCUCGUGUGCCGUGCCGGCCUUCACGGGUGCUCCUCUCUCCCAACGGCACUUGCCCCAACAGUCUGUUGAGGCUGUACGGGGGGGGGGGGGGGGGGGCGGGAGUCUUUGUGCGUGCGUCGGUCCGCAGCCGCCGCUCCAUGCGCAGCGACGCGGUGUAAACUGUAAUCUCACCUCCCCCGUCACUCAGAGCGGCGUGGGUCGUCUUAAGCCAGGGCCGCGGGACAGCUACGGCCUUCAUUCCCCUGUGGCCCCUCGGCGCCAUUUCGCACGCGUCCCGAUCACUUCCAUACGGGCGCGCAGGUGACGGUGCUCCGUCGCCGCAUCGCGGCCUCGCUCGCCGGGUGCUGGAGAGGGGGAACGACACGCGGGCGCGCCUGACGCAGCUCUGCAUUUCUCGUAUCCCAAGCUCUCGAGGCAAUCUUGCGUCGCCGCGAGUAUCUUUUCUUUUUGUUGCGGUGCCGCGAAAUCCCCGAGGUGCGCUGCGUGUUAACGCCUGGUUUGCGCCAGUAAUAGUUCCCCGGUGAAACCACGUUCACCAGAGCGCAGGGCUUCAGAGACACCGGUCCUCUCGGGCCCCCCAGCCUAUGUACAAAUACACACACACACACAUACCGAUCGUCAGCUACCGAGUGGUGGGAUGCCGUGGUGAGAGAGCACGGCUCGCUUGUUGGAAAGUUCAGAGUCAAAAUCCCGGCCAGUGGACAAUUGGAAUUUGAAUCCCUCCGGUGUAAAAAUUAAGUUUGGCUUUCUAAAAAUUCAACGGUGGACUGUUCACGACUGAGUGCACACCCACCCCAACCCCACCAUUUGAAUGUGGAGUUUGCCACCACAGUCUGAGAGAUAAGCACCUUACCACUCAUUUAAGCGGGCAACCACUUUAGCAUCACCACCCGUGAUGCGACAUGACUCUGGACUGGCUGCCGUACAUCAAGGAGCCUGGUAAAAGUGUGGAACGUUGGGCCAACGGUUCCAAUCGCAGCGUUGGCUCGGCGUUGCGUAUUUUUCCUGGGGGGGGGGGAGGAGUGGAGGAUGGGUGAUCGGUUGCAGCGUGGGCUGCAGUGGGGGAUGGGAGCUUUGGAUAUCCUGCACCAGAUGAAGCUGCCAGGCUGCUGCUCUUGCUGUAGGUGUCGAUGCAAGAGUCUGAACGAAUAAACGGCAAUGGUUUGUUGAUAUUG